AACCGGUAAUAUCAUCAUCCUCAGAAUCAGAAGUGAUCGAGAGGUAUUGUAGUGAUGAAGUACCUCAUCGUCAUCAUGCUGGCAGUGCUAGUAGCUGUAGGCAAUCUCUGGGGUUUUGAUGUGGGGGUUGAUGGGGCUGGGGAGUGUGGAAGCAACCCAGAGGUUGUGGUAUACAAGCUUGCUUCAUGUGGACCAGCAGCACAAGAUGGGAGCGUCGCGGUUUCUCCCAAGUGUUGCUCGUUGGUGAAACGCGUCGACAAGCGUUGUCUUUGUGCCAUUGUGCUCUCUAAAGAACUUCAGAGUCGUGGCCUCAACCCAGCAAUCGCAGUCACCAUACCUAAACGUUGUAAGGAUCCCAGACGUCCCAAGGGUUACAAGUGCGGAGCUUAUACGGUGCCUUGAUUGAUUACGAAGACCCAAGACGAUGGUUCCAUAUAUAGCUGUGGAAUUCUCAUGUUGCUUUCACAUCGAUCAUCUAAUGUUUAAAUAUAUUAGUAUUGAACCCUUUCAACUUACAGGUUUAAAGAAUAAAUAAAGUGCUACUUCAUGCAAUAGUACAAUCCAUAUUAUCAUUACUGGUCUUCA